GAGACACAUUUAGUCCACAGCGUGUGUUCAACAAAGUGUGCUGCGAGAGCAUGUAGAGAAAACACAGUGAGAAAACAUGACAGGGUGAGAUAAAAUCUUCAAUGAACACACGCUAGUGAAGACGUAAGAGCUGGAGAAACACAGUUCAAAAGGAUUAUAUUUGGAUAUCUUACGUGUGAUAAAGAGCAGUGGAAAUCAUUUGGAGACUCUAAAACACUCUUGUGAUUUCAGUCACAGCUCAUGGAGGCAGAAGAUACGUGGAGCACUGAGAAUGUCUCCAUGCGCGGGAACGUUACCUUGGGUUUAAAUGACUCCUCUCCGCUAUCUCUGCUCGGCUCGGAGUACAGCGACGCAGAGGUGGUCUCAAUAAGCAUCCUGAUGGCCCUGCUGGUCCUGGGAAUUGUUUUCGGCAAUGUACUGGUCAUCACUGCCAUUGUACGGUUUCAACGUCUGCAGACGGUCACCAACUACUUCAUCAGUUCUCUGGCCUGCGCCGAUUUGGUCAUGGGCCUGCUGGUGGUCCCAUUCGGGGGGUGUUACAUUCUCCUCGACACGUGGCACUUCGGAAACUUCUUCUGUGAGUUUUGGACGGCCACGGACGUGAUGUGCGUCACCGCUAGCAUAGAGACGUUGUGCGUGAUCGCCCUGGACCGGUAUGUGGCGAUCAUGUGGCCCUUGCGUUAUCAGUCGAUGCUCACAAAGCGGAAGGCCUGGGGGGUGUUGCUAGGGGUGUGGGGGGUAGCCGCCCUUAUCUCUUUCUUACCCAUUCAUAUGAAGUGGUGGGUAUCUGAUGACCCAGUGGCACUGAGCUGCAUGGAGAACCCCAACUGUUGUGACUUCAACACCAACGCCGCCUACGCCGUCACCUCAUCCAUCGUUUCCUUCUACAUACCGCUGGUCAUCAUGGUUUUCGUAUACUGCAGGGUCUUCCAGGAGGCCCGUCGGCAACUUCAGAAAAUCGACCGCAUCGAGGGGCGAAUACGGACGCAGAGCUUUAGUACCCAAGAAGGAAACGAGGUGAAGAUCCGGAGGACCAAGUUCGGCAUAAAGGACCACAAAGCUUUGAAGACCUUGGGGAUUAUAAUGGGGACGUUCACCAUCUGUUGGCUGCCAUUUUUCGUCCUCAACGUAGUGGCGGCCAUUUGGAAGAUGGACAACAUCAAAUUGCCCUUCAGGAUCUUGAACUGGAUCGGCUAUGCCAACUCUGGUUUCAAUCCCCUGAUCUACUGCAGGAGUCCUGAAUUCAGAUGCGCCUUUAAGGAGGUCCUGCGCUUGAGGACUUCUCGCACACCCGCCACAAGAAAAAACAAGGGGUACAUCUAUAGCGGCGACAGUUGGAGGUGUCACACAAAAACCACCAGACAACGAGAACCUUCUUUGUCUAACUGUGAAACAGAGAUGGGUACUGACUGUUUGACAGAGGAUGUCAAAAACACAAAUGGGAAUUGUAAUAACCAUGCAGACAUUUUUGAACAAUUGUAACCCCGUCCCACAUGUACCGAAAAUAGUUUUAAAGCACUACAGACAAAUUCUGGUGUUUGGAUCGAGAGGUUUGCCUCGAAAUUAUAUUUAUGAUGUACUACUGACAUACUGUGAUGUUUUGGGACAGAACAAAUAGAAAUUAUGGACAUUAAUGUGGAUCGGAUCAGAUUUGAAAUCUUAAAAAAGACAGAAAACAGUCUACCUCUGCACCGGAUACCUCUGGAACUACCUCACGACGCAUCUCAAACCUGUGCAGUCUUUGUAUUUAUUAAAAAAACUCAACGUAUAUACUUAAACGCAUCCUGAAUUUGGAUUUGCAUAAUAAUAUUUGACUUAAAGGGCCAUGGCCAAUGGGGUGUUUUGUACCUUUGGACUCCAAUACAUUCCAAUAAAGCUUCAGCUUUAGCCUGGGAUCUUCGGCACGAACCCUUUCCAGAGAGGUGAAAUCUAACCCUCUGAUGGGACGCAACAGGUGCACAUUGCCGUCUGUGCAAUAACCAGCUGUUCUUGUCAAAAGCAAGAAACGGAAAGAGCCAAGCAGUUCCCUCUCUCUCUCUCUCUCUGUCAGACCCCCAACACUUUAACAUUUCCACUGGGAAAUCAUUUUAAGGUUACAGCUGAGAGGUUAUGUCUUUGUAACUAUUUAUCAUAGGUAAGGUUUAUAUAAACACACAUCGCAGGCCGGUUCGCACGAAUAGUGGUGGUGUAAUUUAACACGUCAAUAUUUGCAAUCAAAUUAAAAUGGGCGUAAACAAACGUUCAUUAUCACACAGUGAUUUGAAUAAUGUUCGCAAGUAACCCCACUUCAGCAGUCGUUCGUUCAGAAAUCCGACUUAUUGGAUGUAUGUUUUACGUGCUGGCUGUUUGUGUUGUUGUCGGACUGUUUACAGAUACUGGAACAAACUGUCCAUAGGGCAAUCCUCCUGAUAAUGAUCCAGCAGAUAUUUCCACGGGUUUCGUGUUAAUAGCACAGGUUGUGUAACGCAUCCGAUUAUGGAAGAGAUAUUAAUGGAAAAUAUCUGACAUUAAAAAAGAAGGUUAUGAUUUAAAUAGCAGAUUCAAAUGUACAUUACAGCUGCUCAAUAACAUUGUGUUGAUGUUAUUGAUGGUGCAUGUGUUGUUAUAUACAUUUAUGAGCUUAAGUCAGUGUUCGUGUGUGUGUGUGUACUUGUACAGCUAUCUUUGUCAUAACCAAUUGAAAAAGCAUCAGAGCGAAGACAAAGAGAGUGAAGACAUUUUGUCCGGUCCUCACUUUCUGGCACCCCUUUAAAGGCCUUUUGGGGGGUUAGGGUUAGGUUAAAGUUGGGGUUAGGCAUUUAACUGUGAUGGUUGGGGUUAACGUGUGUUCCCAGGUGAAAAAAAAGUACACUUUAAUAAUGUACUAUUAUCACACACUAAUGUUGUAUUUAUGGCUGUCAAAAGAUUAAUUGCGAUUAAUCGCAUACAAAAUAAAAGUUUAUGUUUGCAUAAUAUAUUUGUGUGUGUAUUGUGUGUAAUUAAUUUGUAUAUAUAAAUACACACAUACAUUUAUAAAUGUAAGCAUUUUAAAUUUAUUUAUGUACAUUUUUAAUUUAUAUAUAAUAUAAAAAAAUCUAAAUAAAUAUAUAUAUAUAAACAUGUAAAUUUUUCUUAAAUACAUACAUGCAUUUGUGUGUAUUUAUAUAUACAAAAAAUAUUACAUACAGUGCACACACAUAUAUUAUGCCAAAAAAAACUUUUAUUUUGUAUGCGAUUAAUCACGAUUAAUCUUUUGACAGCGCUAGAUACAAAAAAAUCUUCUGUAGUAUUUCUUAAGAUCUUAAAUGUAUUUAUCUGUGCUAUUUUAAAACGCCAUGAAUAUUAUGCUAAAAAUGUUUAUUUUAAAAAUGUAUUUAAGUAUGAAAGAUGGGUUCAAGUUUAAUAAAAGUGGUAAUAUUUUUAAACAGAGAUUGUGUGUUAAAAUCACAUUUUUGUUUAUAUUCAUGGUGUCUCAAAAUAAUAAGGAUAAGUACAUUUAGAUAUUCUUAUGAUUAUUAUUAAGAAGAAUUUUUUAGGAAUCAAGGACAAAAAUAGGGCGUGAAAAUAGAGCACUUUAAGACGUGUACUACAAUUAUUUGUUAUUAUCAUCGGAUUAAAGUGUUUGACUAGUGAGCUGUACAAUUGUUUGUGUGUGUGCGUGUGUGAUGUGAUACGCAAACAAGAUUUGUAUUUCUAAAUAUAAGUAUUUUUCAACAUCUAUCUAGUAUUGUUUUGUGAAAUCUGUUCUUUGGGUAAAAAUCUGUGAGGCUUGAAUUGCUUUCAUUUUGUAAAGCAUUUAUGGUGCUUCCCUUAAGAAAAUUAGCCAUGGUUUUACUACAGUUAAAACCAAAAAACCAUGGUUACUGUGGUAAAACUAUGGUAACCACA